CGUGAGAGAUGUUAUUACAAACAGACGCUGUUGACUGAAGCAGUCUGAAGGUUGAAGCUUACGUAUAAGGAUUAUACAUGGAUAUCAAAUACACAUUACAUGCAAGUAGUAUCUAAUAAAAAAGAAAAGAAAAAAGAAACUUGAAUGAAGACAUCAAUGUCUCCGAAAAUUGAUUGCUUCUAGUGUUGCGCGGUUUAGGAUAAAGUUGUUUCUCUCGCCACUCGAAAUUCAUCACGGAAAUGAACCCUUUUCCCGCAUGUAGUCCAGGAAAACAAAAUCUCAGAAAAAUGCAAGGCUUUUGGAUCCUUCUCUUAGCUGUUCAUAUUAUAUCCCUCCACUUAGACUCGUGUGCUGCUUUUACUACGACUAAAACCAAUCAUGAAGAAUUGAUGUACGGUCAACAGCUUAGUAUCAGGUUGCCGGCUGAGGCUUAUAAGUUGGAAUUUAUGUCUGUGGAUCGAUCAGAGACAGAAGUUCUUUGGACCAGAUUUUCCAUUACUAAAAAGGGAAUAGUAUUGGGAAGUAACAGCAACAAAGAAUUUGUACUUCGUUCUGUCACAUUUGAAGAUCAAGGAACCUACACUCUGUUUAACCAUUGGAACCAAAAACUUUCCAUCCAUUUAUUAAAGGUUGUUGCUAAAAGAAGUAUCCAGAAUUGUGUGGCUGGAGAAUCCUUAAACAUUUAUCUGAGUGGUCUUGCGAAGAAUGAUGCCACACUACAUUUUUCAAACCAAGAUUUCAGCCUCACUCUGGUGGAGCGUGGCUCACCUGUGGGCAACUUACAUCCUGAAUACAUGGGACGUGUGCAGGUGACAAAGACCAGCAUCGAGGUGCUCAAUGUCAAUGUGUCAGAUGUGGGCAACUACACACUCAGCGAUCGUCUAAAUCGCACAAUUAAGAUCAUCUCGAUGAACUUGGUUGAUUAUCCUGAGGGAGUGAAUGCAGCUCCUUUUAUGGGUCUGCUGAUGUUGCUUGGUAUACCUUCCUGUAUGUUCUGUUACUGCAGAAAGAAGGGAUGUAGAAAAAACAGCCAACCCACUACCACCACCAUAAACACCACCACCAACACUGUGAAUUACGACAACCAAAUUAAUCCACCUGGGCCUCCACCAGGCUAUCCUGCAGCUCCAACACCGGGCUAUAGUCCUGGUUACCCUGCUGUGGGUGAGAGUAUUGUUCAUCCUCCUCCUAAUCCCACAUUUCCUCCUCAACAACCCUACAGUGGAUAUCCUGCCACAUCACCUGCUAUGCCACCUAACCCUGGCUAUAGUCCUGGUUACCCUGCUGUGGGUGAGAGUAUUGUUCAUCCUCCUCCUAAUCCCACAUUUCCUCCUCAACAACCCUACAGUGGAUAUCCUGCCACAUCACCUGCUAUGCCCCCUAACCCUGUGCCACAAAAUCCAGCCAUGUACACUGGAGCUAAUAUCUUUAACUCUUCUGACUCUGCUGUGCAAUUCAGCAUCAACAUGGGAAAGGACUCAAGCUCUAACUUCCUGUAGAGUCUCCAUUCUUAUUCACAAUCUUACAUGCCUGCUCAUUUAACCAAAACAGGGAAUCCUUUUCCCUUUUCAGUGUGUAACUGCUGAACCGUUGAAUUGUCUUUGAAGGGUUCCUGAGUUGCUUGAAUUUUUAAUAAGGAUUUUAGAAGAGUUUUUCUUCCUCAUUGUUUGCUAAAUAUGAUAAUGCUGUGAUUCUUGUAAGAAUAUGUACUGAAAUGAGUAAAUGUACUGUAUAAUGUCAUAUAUAUUCAGACCCCUUUUAAGCUAAAUGCUGCAGUAUACUCUUCAAUAGCUCAGCUCAGGGAUAGCUUAAUAUCUAUCUAUCUAUCUAUCUAUCUAUCUAUCUAUCUAUCUAUCUAUCUAUCUAUCUAUCUAUCUAUCUAUCUACAUAUGUCUUUAAUGAUAUUUUUGUACUAUCUUAGAACUCAUCAUUCUAUCAGUGUUUCCAAGCUUGCAUCAGGAAUAACCAUUAAUUAGUUUACUCUGUUUUUAGAUCCAAUUACUAUUGGAUGUUUCUUUUUAUACCACAACAGUGAUGACUUAUAAUUUCUAACUGUCGAUAAAGUCACAGGUGUACAUAUUCAGUGCUGAAUUUUAAUAGUAUCAAUAUCUGUAUCAUACGCUCACGUUAAAUAGAUAUUUAAAAUGUGCAUGCUCAUUGAUUUCAGGUUUUGUGUGAGGAGACGUUUAUUUAGUAUUUUUGGAACGAGUCUCUACUAGUACCAGAGGUGAAGCUGUUACAUUAUGUUUUCCUUUAUAGGGAUGUCCCUAGAACACAGGAUUCUUUCCAGUUUCUCGAUUCUCGAUGACAAGAUGUGUUUUGUCAUUUUAGCUUAAAGAGAGAAAACAGUCUGGUGUGGGAAUUACUUUAUAGCUGUCUAUCAAUAAAAAUUGUUAACAGAAACUAACUUGUUUCACUAAUGUUCCACAAUAUAAAAUGUAACUGUAAAUGGAUAAACAUUAUGAUGACGUUAAAAGUAAGGGCAUUUCAUAUUUUAUGAGGACAAUAACAAACAUUGUUUCCUGUAACAGCAUAUCCCUUAGUUUCAUUCCUUAUGUUCUUAGUUUAUUUCUUGUAUAGACUACUCUAUACCAGCCAGUUAUAAAUCUAGUCAUGUUAUAUGCAUGUUUAAGCACCAUGUUGGUGUCUGGGAGUUUAUUAAUGUAGAAGGACUUUUAUGACCAUUGAUAUUUACUAAAAUGUGUACAGGAGAUUUAACAAUAUAGUUACCCAAGUCUAAUCUGUCUGUAAUGUGUUCAUUCAAAAUUGCUGAUGUAAGACAAUUUUAUACAAAACGUUCUUGUUUGAACUGCUAUGAAAGCCUUUUUACACAUUUCACAAUUUUGUGCACUCUGUUAAAACAUGCACAUGUGUUAGCCAAAGAAAUAAAAACAUGAAACAUAGAUUGGGCUUCUUGUUGGGCACAAAAAGAAGCCUAGCUGGACUCUACUUUAUUUAUAUUUAUUUAGAAAUAUGCUCAUGAUGUGUGUGUGUGUGUGUGUGUGUGU